UAAUAUAUAGAAAAAAAGAUAGAAAGAUAGAAAAAUCCAACUUUGAGCUCUAACCAUGGCGUUCCAAGCUUCUCAUAUGUUAUUAAGCUUCAUUUUUUCUACUCUCUUAGUCAUUGUGAGCUCACAAACUCAAUGCAGAAAUUUCAAGUCUAUCAUCAGUUUUGGCGAUUCCAUUACCGAUACAGGAAACUUGCUUGGUCUCUCUAAGCCUAAUGAUCUACCUGAAUCUGCGUUUCCACCAUAUGGAGAAACCUUCUUCCACCAUCCUUCUGGUCGUUUCUCCGAUGGCCGCCUUAUCAUCGACUUCAUUGCUGAAUUCUUAGGGAUACCACAUGUGCCACCAUUUUAUGGAUCUGAAAAUGGAAACUUUGAGAAAGGAGUUAAUUUUGCUGUGGGAGGAGCAACAGCACUAGAAUGUUCAAUUCUUGAGGAGAAAGGAAUCCAUUGUUCUCAAAGCAACAUCAGUUUAGGAACUCAGAUUAAGAGCUUCAAAGAAGUUUUACCAAAUCUAUGUGGCUCCUCAUCAGAUUGUGAAAAUAUGAUUGGAAAUGCUUUGAUUCUCAUGGGAGAGAUUGGUGGAAAUGAUUAUAACUAUCCAUUAUUCGAACGCAAGGCCAUUAAGGAAGUCGAAGAGCUAGUUCCUCUUGUGAUCACUACUAUUUCUUCAGCAAUCUCGGAGUUAGUCAAUAUGGGAGCAAGAACAUUCCUAGUUCCUGGAAAUUUCCCACUUGGAUGCUCUGUAGCCUAUUUGACAACAUAUCAAACAUCAAACAAAGAAGAAUACAAUCCUCUAACAGGAUGUUUGACAUGGCUGAACAAGUUUUCAGAAUACCACAAUGAGCAGCUUCAAGAUGAGCUCAUUAGACUAAGGAAGCUUUACCCUCAUGUUAACAUUAUAUAUGGUGACUACUACAACACUCUAUUGCGCCUUAUGCAAGAACCAUCCGAAUUCGGGCUUAUGGAGAGACCCUUGCCCGCUUGUUGCGGUUUAGGAGGACCAUACAACUUCACAUUUAGUGUAAAAUGUGGGAGUAAAGGAGUUGAGUAUUGUAGUGAUCCUUCGAAGUAUGUGAAUUGGGAUGGUAUUCAUAUGACUGAGGCUGCAUACAAAUGGAUAUCAGAGGGCAUACUCAAAGGACCAUAUGCUAUUCCUUCUUUCGAUUGGUCAUGCCUCAGCUCUGAGAUUAAGAAUAAGGAGUCAUUAGACACAAUUUUCUUUGAUUGACAUAUGACAAAACUUUCGGAGACAAGAAAGAUAAUGUUUUAAUUAUAGUGAGUAAAACAUAUAGUCUAUGUUUUUUAAAUGCAUGUAUUGGAUAAUGCGUUAAAUUUUAUAAUAUUAUGUUGUUGGUUGGGAUGAA